AUGGGAAGCCGGCCCACGAGGGCGAACGGCAGCCUCAUGAUCCUGCCCCUGCUCUGGCUCUUUGUGCUCCUCAAGAAUGCUACACCUUUCCAUGUUACUGUUCAAGAUGAUAACAGCAUUGUUAUCUCCCUGGAAGCUUCAGAUGUCGUGAGUUCAUCAUCUGUAUAUGUUGUGAAGAUAACUGGUGAAUCUAAGAAUUAUUUCUUCCAAUUUGAGGAAUUUAACAGCACACUGCCCGCCCCUGUGGUCUUCAAUGCCAGCUAUCAUGGUCUUUAUUACAUAAUCACUUUGGUGGUAGUGAAUGCAAAUGUUAUGAUCAAACCAGCCAGAUCAAUCACUGUGUUAACAAAGCCUCUUCCUGUCACCAGCGUUUCUAUUUAUGAUUAUAAGCCUUCUCCUGAAACAGGAGUCCUAUUUGAAAUUCAUUAUCCAGAAAAGUACAAUGUUUUUACAAGAGUAAACAUAAGUUAUUGGGAAGGCAAAGACUUCCGGACAAUGUUAUACAAAGAUUUUUUUAAAGGUAAAACAGUUUUUAAUCAUUGGCUACCUGGGAUAUGUUAUAGUAAUAUUACCUUUCAGCUAGUAUCUGAGGCGACAUUCAACAAAAGCACCCUGGUGGAAUACAGUGGUAUAAGUCACGAACCCAAACAGCACAGAACAGCUCCUUUCCCACCUCAAAACAUCUCAGUCCGAAUUGUAAACCUGAACAAGAAUAAUUGGGAAGAAGAGAGUGGAAGUUUCCCAGAGGAAUCGUUCCUGAAGCCACAAGAUGUCAUUGAGAAAGAGAAACUGCUUCAUUUUACAGAUGAUCCUCCUGAAAUUUCCUCAGCCAAUACUUCUUCUGGGUGGCCAGAUUUUAAUAGCAGUGAUGAGGAAACAACACUCCAGCCAUAUUGGUGGGAUAGUGAAACUGUAACGCCAGAAAGUGAAGAUGAAUUUGUCAGUGUACUUCCCAGGGAAGAUAAAAAUAAUAAUACAGUUAGUCUGAUUGAGAAAUCAACAUCAGCACCUUUAUCUUUUUUCCCUGUGCAAAUGAUAUUGAACUGGUUGCCCCCAAAACCACCUACUGCCUUUGAUGGGUUCCAUAUUCGCAUAGAGAGAGAAGAAAACUCUACUGAAUUUUUGACAGUGGAUGAGGAAGCGCAUGAAUUUGUCACUGAACUGAAUGAGCCUGGCAAAUAUAAAUUAUCUGUGACAACUUUCAGUUCCUCUGGAUCUUGUGAAACGCGGGGAAGUCAAUCAGCCAAAUCAAUUAGUUUUUACAUCAGUCCUAUGGGAGAAUGGAUUGAAGAAUUAACAGAGAAGCCUCAGCAUGUCCGCGUGAAUGUUUUAAGCUCAACCACUGCCUUAUUGUCUUGGACAUCUUCUCAAGAGAGUGACAGCAAUAACACGAUUGUGUCUGUUGUAUCUCUAACCUGCCAGAAACAAAAGGAAAGUCAAAGACUUGAAAAACAUUAUUGUACUCAGGUUAACUCAAGCAAAAGCAUCAUUGAAAAUCUGGUUCCCGGUGCCCAGUACCAGGUUGUGAUUUACCUAAGAAAAGGCCCUUUGAUUGGACCACCUUCGGAUCCUGUUACAUUUGCUAUUGUUCCCACUGGAAUCAAGGAUUUAAUGCUCUACCCUCUGGGUCCGACUGCUGUUGUUCUGAGCUGGACCAGGCCUUACUUAGGGGCGUUCAGGAAGUAUGUGGUAGAAAUGUUUUAUUUCAAUCCUGCAACAAUGAUAUCAGAGUGGACAACCUACUAUGAAAUAGCCGCAACUGUCUCCUUAACUGCUUCUGUGAGAAUAGCCAAUCUAUUACCAGCAUGGUACUACAACUUUCGAGUUACCAUGGUGACAUGGGGAGAGCCAGAAUUGAGCUGUUGUGACAGUUCUACUAUAAGCUUCAUAACAGCCCCAGUGGCUCCAGAAAUCACUUCUGUUGAAUAUUUCAACAACUUGUUGUAUAUAAGUUGGAUGUAUGGGGAUGACACAACUAACCUCUCCCAUUCCAGAAUGCUGCAUUGGAUGGUCGUUGCUGAAGGAAAGAAAAAGAUAAAAAAGAGUGUAACACGCAAUGUAAUGACUGCAGUGCUAAACCUACCUCCAGGUGACAUUUACAAUCUCUCAGUAACUGCUUGUACUGAAAGAGGAAGCAACACUUCUCUGCCCCAUGUUGUAAAGCUGGAACCAGCUCCUCCAAAAUCACUUUUUGCAGUGAAUAAGACUCAGACUUCAGUGACUCUGCUAUGGGUGGAAGACGGAGUUGUUGACUUCUACAAAGUCUUUUGUCAGCAAGUUGGCUCUAACCAGGAAAUAAAACUCCAGGAGCCAGUUUCUGUUUUUUCUCAUGUCGUGACGAUCUCCAGCCUCCUGCCUGCCACUGCUUACAACUGUAGUGUAACCAGCUUCAGUCACAACAGUCCCAGUGUUCCUACAUUCAUAGCCAUCUCCACAAUGGUUACUGAGAUGAAUCCCAAUGUGGUAGUGAUCUCAGUGCUGGCCAUCCUGAGCAUACUCCUGAUUGGGCUGCUUCUUGUUACACUCAUCAUUCUCAGGAAAAAGCAUCUCCAGAUGGCCAGAGAAUGUGGAGCUGGAACGUUUGUCAACUUCGCUUCCUUAGAAAGAGAUGGAAAGCUUCCCUACAACUGGCGUAGGAGUAUAUUUGCUUUCCUAACUCUGCUACCCUCAUGUCUUUGGACUGAUUAUCUUUUGGCAUUUUAUAUUAACCCCUGGAGUAAAAAUGGACUAAAGAAGAGGAAAUUGACCAAUCCUGUUCAGCUGGAUGACUUUGAUGCCUACAUCAAAGAGAUGGCCAAAGAUUCAGAUUACAAAUUUUCUCUACAAUUUGAGGAGUUGAAGCUAAUUGGACUGGAUAUUCCACAUUUUGCUGCUGAUCUUCCACUGAAUAGAUGUAAAAAUCGUUACACAAAUAUUCUACCAUAUGACUUUAGCCGUGUCAGAUUAGUCUCCAUGAAUGAAGAGGAAGGAGCAGACUAUAUCAAUGCCAAUUAUAUUCCUGGGUAUAACUCACCACAGGAGUACAUUGCCACACAGGGACCCCUCCCAGAAACCAGGAAUGAUUUUUGGAAGAUGGUUCUGCAGCAGAGGUCACAGAUUAUUGUCAUGCUCACUCAGUGUAAUGAGAAAAGGAGGGUGAAAUGUGAUCAUUACUGGCCCUUUACCGAAGAACCCAUUGCUUAUGGAGACAUUACAGUGGAGAUGACUUCUGAAGAGGAACAUAGUGAUUGGGCCUAUAGAAGUUUCCGAAUCAGCUAUGCUGAUGAGAUGCAAGAUGUCAUGCAUUUUAACUAUACUGCCUGGCCUGACCAUGGUGUGCCCACUACAAAUGCUGCAGAAAGCAUCAUGCAGUUUGUACAGAUGGUCCGACAGCAUUCCACAAAGAGCAGAGGCCCCAUGAUCAUACACUGCAGUGCCGGUGUGGGACGGACAGGAACAUUCAUAGCCCUGGAUCGACUACUACAGCACGUUUGUGAUCAUGAAUAUGUUGAUAUAUUGGGUCUGGUGUCCGACAUGAGGUCAUUCAGAAUGUCCAUGGUGCAGACAGAGGAACAGUACAUUUUUAUCCAUCAGUGUGUACAGUUGAUGUGGAUGAAGAAAAAGAGACAGUUCUGCAUCAGUGAUGUGAUAUAUGAGAAUGUUAGCAAGUCCUAGUUAAGGAUAUUGAGCAGAGAGAAUAUGAAGGACGCCCGCUUUCCCUUGCUUCAGGAUUAUUGUGGGCGGGAAGAACCUACUAGCCAUUUUGCCAAGGAAGGUCCCUGUUUUGCAGUUUGUGACUAAUAGAGAAGAUAUAUUUUAUCUUGUAAAAACACUGGGAAGACUUAGCCUUAAAGAGCCUACAGUGUCUUUUGGACUGCUUAUUUCUGGACAUUUAAAAUAUUGGACCAAAUUCAACCAAACAUGAUAAAGGAUGAGAUGCUCUACAGAGGACAGAAAGUACGCCACUCCUGAAGAGUUUGGUUUAUCUUUUGCUGGUUGGACUUAGUUUAAAGCAAGUACAAUAUAUACAUAUAUAUAUACAUAUAUAUAUUUUUGGUGACUAUCUCAGAAAGAAAAGUUGCUUUCACUAUGUGUCACUAGUCUAUUAUUAGCAUCUAAUAACUCUUCACUAUUAAAGAGAGAGGCAUGAACAUACAUCAAGUAAUUGCAAUUCUGCACAAGGAAAUAAGAAUAUUGCUGUUAUUGUUUACCCUAGCAUUAAGGUACUGUACCAGGUUAAGGGUGGAGAGGAUAAUGGGCAAGGAAGCAGGGACUCUAUACCAGUGGAAUUUUUUUUCCUGUUCCAAAUAUAAAAGCUGUAAUACAGCUCUGAUAUAGAAUGGAAAAGAAAAUAUUGUCUUAAUUGUUCUAGUUGUUGACGGGUUUUUUCUUUUUGAUUAGCAAUAGAAUGUUUCAUCCUUGACCCUUUGGGACUUAUAUCACUGUCUAUGUUUCUUUUCAGUUGGUCUGGGUUCAGAAAAGCUUACAGUCUGUUUCUCUUUAGGCUCUGUUGAUAUACCAUUUAGGUGUCCAAGCAAUUUUUGGUGCUUGGAGAUCUAUCAUUCCUAUUUUGUUAAAUGGCAUAGCUCUCUCAUAUGGCAGACACUCCUUCACCCAUGUGAAGGGCUGGGAAUUCAUGAAACUAUGAAGAGGAAUUGCGGUAUUCUAGGAGAAUUACCUGGCUGUGUUUUGGGGAUGCUGACAAGCAAUCAACAUGAGUCCCAGCAGGAAUUUUCAUUUACUCUCGGGCUGUCAAUUUCAUUUAUUAUUGGUGUAAUUAGUAACCUUUUAUGAUUUGAGCAUUGUGUAAUGACAUUAUGUAACUGUGUAUUGUGACAAGAAUGCUGUCAAAACAGGCACUUCAUGGCAUUGAGAAGCCUGUUUCUUUGUGUCACUGCAAUACUCAUUUGUCUAAGAGUUGAUGAUACUGAGAGUAUAAGGAAAAACAUUUAGAAUGGAAAGUCAGCAUUCACCAACCGCUCACUGCGACAACGUUGCUCUUGUCAAGAAAAUGGAAGGUUUCUCCCUGGAUGCUUUGUACUUCCUGGUUUCUUGGUUAAGUGCAUCUUCCCUAGAAACUUCUUUGGAGAUCCCUACAGCUUCUUGUGGGUCAGUGUAUAUGGGAAGGUUGGAUAUUUUUUGACAACCUUAGCAGUUAUGAAGGAUGUCAGGCAGAUAGCAUUGAUACCAAGGCUUCACUGUUGAGAGGGUUUAGCCAGAAAACUUAGGAAAGUUUCCCACAAGGCAUAGACCUUGUAUUUCAGUUCUUACUUUGACAAGUCUAUGGCCAAAGAUUCAUUCUCCUUGGUCAGGUCAAUAUGACAUGAGUUAUGACUCAAAAGAGGUUACUGUUUAUCCCCUCCCCUUUCUUUUUUCCACUGCUAUUUCUCACUCUUGUUAAGUCUGACACCACUUCUUACUAGUAUAAUAAUUUCAUCAUUUUGAAAAAUCAACACAGCACAGGGGGAAAAAACUAAUAGCCAUAGUGUGAUAUUCAUAGGCUUUCACAAAUGAGUCAGACCAUUGAUGAAAACUACAGCUGAGGAGUUCUAUGGUUAAGAAUAGAAUUUUUUUUUUUCAAAAUUGUCGCCCAGAAACUAGCAACCUGUUUUAAAAAAAAAUGUAAUAGCAUUUUACUCUGGAUAGUCUCUGGAAAUCAAGAACUUCAUAAACAUCUCAUUAAUCUCUUCAAAACCUCUAGAAAGAAGGGAUUGAGUAUCACUCUGUGAUAGAUGGCUAGGCUAAGGAACAUGGAAAUUUGAUUAGUUCCCCCCCCGCCAAAUGGUUAACACAGCAAGGCAAAUGACAGAAUCAUGGAACUUCAAAGCAGGAAGUAACCAAAAGGUCAUCUAGUCCACCAUUUACCUGAACAAGAAUUAAUUCUACAUCAGGUUGGCAAGUGGUCAUUCAGCACUGCCUAAAAACCUCUAGUUAGUGAGUUUGACUACCUCCUAAGGCAAGCCAAUCCACUCUACCCCAUGGACAAUUCCAAUUUUUAGGAAAUUUUUCCCCAAACUAAAGAAAAAUAGCUUCCCUGAACAUUAACAAUAAUAAUAGUAGCUGGCAUUUAUAUUGCACUUUAAAUACUCCUAAGCACUUAGCAAAUACUGUUCCAUUUUAUCCUCCAAAUAACUCUAUGAAGAAGAUAUUACGGGUAUUAUUCUCCCCAUUUUACAGAUAAAACAAAUUGAGGCUCAAAGAGGUUAAAUACCUUUCCCAUAGUCACACAGCUAGUAAAUGUCAGAGGCAGAAUUAAAAUCCAGUUCUGCCUAAUGUCAAGUUCACUGCUCUACCCACUAAGCUCUGAGUCUUGGAAGCCAAGCUGAAUAAAUGUCUUUCCUCUUACACAAGGCAGCACUUCAAAAUAUUGAAGACAGACACAUUCCAUCUAAGUCUUCUCUUCUCCAGGCUCAACAUCACCAGAUCCUUGUCUAGCAUGACAUCAAAGCUUUUCAUAAUCCUCAUCUCCUUAAAAUGUGGUACUCAGAACUGAACAUAGUACUCCAGAUGUGAUCUGACAAAAGGAGAAUACAGCAGAGACAUCACCUCCCUGGACUCCAUCAUAUUUGGUUACUGUAUCAUGCUGUUGAGCUUGUAGCCCACUAAAGCCCCCAGAUCUUUUAUUCAGAACAUCUGCAAUCCAGCAAUACCUCCCUUGUUGUGUUUUGGGAAAUUGAUUUACCAUACCCAAGUGUAAAGAAUGAAGGGGGGGGGGAGAGAAAAGGAGGAGCAGAAAGAGAAACAGAAUUUGAGCUUCAGCACGAGAUGGAUUCCAAGGAGGAGGAGGAAUAGGAGCCAGGACAUCGAGCCAAACAGAGAUACUCCAUUCUGAACUCUUGGAAUGGACAUAUAAAGAUAGAAAUCAUCUGUUUUAAUAUUCCUUCUAAGAACCAAAUACUAGAGAAUUCAAUACUCAGAAGGAAUAUAAUUCCUUCUGAGUACUAUAUUCCCUGAGACAAUUUUGACAACCUUGGAAAAGAUGACUCAAAGAGCUCCAGACAUUCAGCACUUCAUACCAGCUCAUUUUGGGAAGGGUUCCGGAAAUACUGUAUGUAAUGGUUGUGAUUUAGGACCAAAAGUCAUUCUGUUAGCUUGUAGAUUGCCUACUCAUCUUCAUACCAUGUAAUGGAAAGAACACUGGAACAUGUUUUAGGAAACUUGAAUCCUAACUCUGGCAAAGAAACUUGUGACCUUUGGCAAGUCACUAAACUUCUCUGGGCCUCAGUUUCCUAAUUUUUUACAUCGGAAUAUUAAUGCCUUUUCUACCUACCUCACAGAGUCAUUGUGAGGGUUAAAUAAUACAAAUGUAAAAAUGCUUUGAAAAAUUCUAUAAAAAUUUUGUAGGGAAAAAAGUGACUACUCUAUUCUUAUCCUUUGAGCCAGAGAUCUAUUUCUGAGCAUAUACUUCGAGGAAUAGAGGUUAGAUAAUCAGCUUCAGAGCUGCCAAGACCUGGGCACAAGUCUUGCCUCUGACAUAUUAGCUGUGUGACCCUGGACAAGUCACUUAAAUUCUCCAUGCUCUAGGCAAUUUUCUAAGACCAUAAGUUGCAGAGAAGGUGCCAAUUUGCAUUGGUGAAGGGGUGCUUCCUUAUUUAGGAGUUCUCUGUACCAGUAAAAUCACAGAUCUUGCCCCUAUCCCUAUACUCCAAGGUAGUCAAAGAUAAGAAAGAAAGGUCCCAUGUGCACCAAAAUAUUAACAGCAGAACUUUUUCUUUUGGAAAAGACCUGGAAACAAAAAACCCAUCAAUUGAGAAUGGCUAAAUUAUACUUUAGUCUAUGAAUAGGAUGGAAUAUGAUUGUACCAUUAAACAUGAUGAAAUGUGAGGAAUUCAAAGAAACAUGGGAAGAUUUGUAUGAACUCCUACAGAGUGACGUAAGCAGAACCAGGAAAGCAAUAUACACAAUGACUACAAUGAAGUAAACAAAAAAAGAACAAUAACAUAAAAAUGAACACUGUGUGAUUAUAAAGGCCAGUCUUGGCCCUGGGGGGAAAAAUAAGAAAACUCAUCUCCCUCCUUUCCUUGGAGAGUUGUGAGAAUAUGAGGAUGAAUGUUACCUACACUGUCAGAUAUGGUCAAUGUGUCAGUUGGUUUUGCUUAAUGCUUUUUAAAAAUUUGUUACAAGGGAAAGUUCACAGGGGAGGGC